CAGGGCGGGGGCGUGCCCGCGACGCGCGCUGCGCUAGGCUGCUUGUUGUUCCCGCAGAGAGGCGAGAAGAUGGCGGCCGUGUCAAGCGGAGGUGCUGCUGGGUCCGCUGCGGCCGGGAUUACGCACUCUGCCCGACCGACCCACGCAGGCAUGGGCUCCCAGAACCGAGCUCAGCCGUCCUCCGGGAUCAGCCACUCCAGUCGUACCAGCACGGCCACUGGGUGCAUCACUAAUCCUGGCCACACUUCGGCCACCAGGCCCCCCCCAGCCCGAGUGGGCCACUACGAAAUCGAGCGGACCAUCGGCAAGGGAAAUUUCGCGGUUGUUAAACUAGCCACACACAUCAUUACCAAAGCAAAGGUGGCUAUAAAAAUAGUGGAUAAGACCCAGCUGGACGAUGAGAACCUGAAAAAGAUCUUCAGAGAGGUGCAAAUCAUGAAGUUGCUGAAGCACCCCCACAUCAUCCGCCUCUACCAGGUGAUGGAGACGGAGCGGAUGAUCUAUCUGGUAACAGAGUAUGCUAGCGGUGGAGAGAUAUUUGAUCACCUGGUGGCUCAUGGGCGUAUGGCAGAAAAGGACGCCAGGAGAAAGUUCAAGCAGAUUGUGGCAGCAGUCCAUUUCUGUCACUGCCGCAACAUCGUCCAUAGAGACCUGAAGGCUGAGAAUCUGCUGCUGGACCACAACCUCAACAUCAAAAUUGCAGAUUUUGGCUUCAGUAACCUGUUUUCUCGAGGCCAGCUGUUAAAGACAUGGUGUGGCAGCCCUCCAUAUGCUGCACCAGAGCUCUUUGAGGGCAAGGAGUAUGACGGACCCAAAGUAGAUAUAUGGAGCUUGGGUGUGGUGUUAUAUGUGUUGGUGUGCGGCGCCCUGCCGUUUGAUGGCAGCACUCUACAAAAUUUGCGGGCACGUGUCCUCAGUGGCAAGUUCCGAAUCCCCUUCUUCAUGUCUACAGACUGUGAGUACUUGAUCAGACACAUGUUAGUGCUGGAGCCCAGUAGAAGGUUGUCCAUGGAGCAGAUCUGUAAGAACAAGUGGAUGAGAUUAGGAGACCCGGACCCUGACUUCGACAGGUUGAUAGCGGAGUGUGAGCAGGUGAAAACGGAGAGAGAGACCGAGCUCAUCAAUGAGCAGGUGCUGAUAGCCAUGUCUGAGAUGGGCCUGGAUCGAGAGCGCACACUGCAGUCCCUACAAACCGAUGCAUACGAUCACUACAGUGCCAUCUACAGUCUGCUGGCUGACCGCCUCAAGAAACACAAGACCCUGCGUGUUGCCCCGCCCACACUGCGCCCCAUUAGCUAUCCUCUUAACGCUGUACAGCAGACUGAUCCACAGGGUAAUCCUGUUAGCAUGACUGUUCCCCAUGUCCAGCUCAUCAACCCAGAGAACCAGAUUGUUGAGCCGGAUGGCAGCAUGGCGCUGGACAGUGAUGAAGGGGAGGAACCAUCUCCAGAGGCCAUGGCUCGCUACCUUUCAAUGAGGCGGCACACUGUGGGGGUACCAGACCAAAGGACAGAGAUGCAGGAGGACCUCCAGAAACUGCCACCAGGUUUCCCUCGUGGUGCAGUGCCCCAGCCCCCCUUCCCCCCACUGGCCCCCACUAUGGGCCAAAUGCACACACUCAUGCCCACGCAGAGCUUGCAGCCCACACAGCAGCUGGAGUACAAGGAGCAGUCGUUGCUGCAGCCACCUACCUUGCAGCUGCUCAACGGCAUGGGGCCUCUUGGUCGAAGAGCUUCCGAUGGCGGGGCCAAUAUUCAACUACACGCUCAACUCCUCAAGCGACCUCGGGGGCCCUCGCCGCUUGUUGCCAGCCCGCACCCUAUCCCUGCGGUAGCUCCGGUGGAUGAGGAGGGUUCAGACGGAGAGCCAGACCAAGAGGCUGUACAGAGGUACCUGGCGAACCGCUGCAAGCGGCACACGACGCACGCGCUCACGAGCACAUCGCAUGGCGAGCCCUCGGCAGAGUCACAGCGGCCCCAGGGCCCCCGCCAGAGGGGGGGCUGGGCCCCCGACACACACACCCGAUCCAGCUAUAAGGACUGUAACACCCUUCAUCUCCCCAUGGAACGCUUCUCACCUGUCAGACGGUUCUCAGACGGCGCCGCCACGAUCCAGGCCUUCAAGGCUCAUCUGGAGAACAGCAGCCUCAUUAAGCAACUCAAACAGGAGUGCGAGCAGCUCCAGAAAAUGUACGCUGCCCAACAGGAUGAGCGAUUCCUGGAGCACACCCAGCAGCAGCAUAUCCUCUACCAGCAAGAGCAACAAAUCCUCCACCAGCAAAUCCAGGGUCUGUCUUUAGGCCAUGGAGAGAGCCAGCCCAGUCAUCUAACCCACCAGCUCCAGAGGUUGCGUAUCCAGCCCUCCAGCCCUCCGCCAACACAUCCCAGCAACCACCUCUUCAGACAGCCCAACCAGAGCCCUCCGCCUGGCUCUGCAGGCAUAAUGCAAGGGCAUGGAGGUCCGUCACCAGUGCAGUACCAGCACGGAACUCCGGCAUUGUAUCAGGGCCAGAGUGGCAGCCCGCCUCCCACGGGCAUGCCUCGCGUCUCUCUACCAACCAAUCAACAAGCAGCAUCUGCUCGUCCCACCGUCCCACUGGCACAGGGUGUACCUCAGCAGCAGCAGGUGACCAUUCAGGUUCAGGAAGUGGAGCUGGGUGCGGCGCAGAGACAGGGCUUUUUGUCCACGCCGGGGGGACACAGAGUCCUCGGGAAGCAGCUGAGCGCAGACAAUGCCGAGUCGCACAGUCGCAGCCUUGGCCGCUUCACAUCAGGCUAUGACCAGGCUCAGUUCAAUCCCCACCUCUUCUCUGGCGACGCCGCCUCCCGGGGAGCCUCUGGGGUUGUCGGCUCCUACAGCCCCUAUCUGCAGGGAGCCUCCCUGAAAGUACCCGGCCUGGAUGGUUACCAGAGCGGGGUGGUGGGGAACAGCAGCUACGGCACCCCCUCUACACUACAGCAGGCCCUGCUCUCCCCAACUCCUUUGGACUACCGCCCCCCACAACAGCACGUCACCCCCACACUGCAGGGCCUCCUGUCCCCCCGCCACUCUUUAACAGGUCACACCGAUCCCAGGCUGCCCCCCCAAGACCUGGCUGCCCUGCUGAAGAGGCAGAGCCCCCGGCCGUGCCCGCCGCCCCCCACACCACCCAGCGGCGCACCCCAAGAGUAUGGAGAGAUGUUGCUGCUCCGCCAGCUGAGCCAAGGUGAGAGCUUAGAGCCGCCGGCACCGCAGGGUUCGUCUGGAGGCCAACACUACCACCACCUCCUCCAGAUUCGACCCCCUGAGGUCCAGCCACAGCAGCACCCGGUCCAGGCACCUUGCCCCAGCUUACCCCACUCAGAGAGCAUGGAGGAGGAUGAGGUGCCGGCUGGCUACCACCACCCACACGAGGGCCUGCUGGUCAAGGCAGGAGAAGGUCAUGAGCUACUGGGGCCUCCCCGAGGAGGCACCCCACCCUACAGCUCCCCUACACACAGGCAUGGUGGCUACAUAAGGAAUGCUCAAGCAGCUAGAGAAUCUGAGCAUGUGGAGUGCAGGCCCCCAGGGCAGGCCAUGGAGGUGCCUGAUCAUAAUGGUGUGGGCUAUUCGCGAGGUCCCCAGGGUGACGCCUAUAGGUCCCGUGGACAGCUACAGCGCCACCACACCAUCCAGACCUGUGACGAUGCCUAUGAUCAGGCAGACCCCAUGUCUGGGAUGAGCCUGCUGGCCGGGAAGGCACUAAGCUCCGCUCGCAUGUCGGACAUUCUCAGCCAAACGUCACUGACAGGAAGCCAGCAGCUGCACCAGCGGGAAGAGUCAGUGUGUGAUGUCGAGGGGGAGCUCCAUGCGGCAGCCUGCUACCCCUCCUCCUGCACCAGUGACAUGCUCCUCAGCUACAAGCCCCCUGACUUGCAGUACAGCAUGGAGCAGGCUGGGGUCUAGCACAGGAAGCGGUCUAUCCUGUGUACAGCAGUCCAUAUCAGCCAUCCUGAGUUGUGUUGACUUGAGUUGAGCAGCAUCACGCCAAACCACCGCCGUCUGCCCACGCGGGAGGCACUCUACGUCCAUCUGUCUGUCUCCAUCGGUCCCUGGGAGGGCAGUCUGCACGAGAGAGGGGGAGUGUUGGGAGGGUGUAGACAU